AUGAAGACCACGAAGCGUCUCUCCACAACUACUAUCCGCGAUCUGCCCUUCGCCGACGACUGUGCAUGCAACAGCACGGCCAGAGAAGACAUGCAACGGAGCAUGGAUCUCUUUGACUCCGGUUGCGCCCACUUCGGACUGAUCAUAAAUACGGACAAGACGGUGGUCAUGCAUCAACAGCCAUCGACCGCUGGAUACAGUUCUUCUCGCCUCUGCGUCAACGGCAUAGAACUGAAGACUGUGGAUAACUUUAACUACCUAUGCAGCCCAAUCUCACACUGCAUCAGGAUCGACGACGACCCGGUCCACCAGAUCUCCAAACCCAGCCAAGCCUUCGGUCGGCUGCAGAACCCCAGGUGGAAUCGUCAAGGCCUCCAACUGAAUACAAAACUAAAGAUGUACAAGGUCGUCGUCCUGACGACACUUCUUUACGGAGAGGAGACCUGGACCGUCUACUCAACCACUUCAAUCUCAGCUGCCUUCGCAGAAUACCAAAGGUGAGAUGGCAAAACAGGAUCCCCGACGCGGAAGUUGUAGAACGGACCGGAAUCCUCACCAUCAAUGCCAUGCCGAGGCAACUGCAACUAAGCUGGAGCGGCCACCUCCUGCGGAUGGAGGAUACACGUCUACCACAGCAACUCUUCUUUGGCGAUGUCGCCACCGAUGCUCGCCGACUGGGAGAAUCGAAAUGACGCUACAAGGACACAUUGACGAAUCCUCUCAAGCGAUUGCAUAUCAACCCAGAGACCUGGGAGGACCUCGCCAAGAACAGGCCGAUUUGGAGAAGAGAAGUGAAGACUGGCUUAGCCAUCUACGAAGCAAACCGGAUCGCCACCGCCAAAGCCAAAAGGGCCGCUCUUAAGUUCCAGGCACCUCCGAUUCGCAACGUCGCCCCUCAACCCCACCCAACGUGCCCGCACAGUCAACGAACAUUUCGGCCGCAACUCGGUCUCGUCAGUCGUCUUCGGGCCCAAUGCACCAACCGCCUGACGACAUCAACUGAUGACUCCACGACCGCGCCUGCCUCAAUUUCCACGUCGACCAUAUCGGCACCCACCCUCACCAUUGCUGCUUCGAAUCCCCGUGCCACACUGCAGGCGGGUACUACCAUCUCCCCUACACUUGCCUUACCUACUGCAACGACGUCGAACACAAUCACCUCUGCCACCACCGCCAACGACCAAAACACUACUGAUGCCCUUACUACUACUCACACAUUCACCAUCACCAUCCCCACCUCCAGCAAUGUGGACUCGGUCCAUACAUGUCCUCAUUCCGAUUGCACAAUCGCCUCACGCACUGGCCUGGUUUGUCAUCCGCGAAUCCAUCGCACGAUAACUGGUGAACCGACAGUUGGACCGUCGUUGCCGACGAUGUCUACCGUGUGCUCCACAGCAAGGUGAAGGCAGGCACUGCGACUUGUGCGUGAAUUAGUUUCUAGUGGUAGUAGACUAACACGGCACCUAUCGCACUCCCCCUUCCUCCCCCACCUGGGCCCCGUGUCAAGAAAGAGUCGGGAAAACCGGAGGUAGGGGAGGGCGCAGGUGGCUAGCACGGUCGGACCCGCACCUAGACGUACUAACAUGCCCUCUGGUACACAACAAACAUUUGGCCAGGAUUUUAACAAACAACAACAGCCCCGCAACUGUUCGGAAGGACGAGGACGACUGGGCAGUCAUGCUCACGACCCGUAUAACCAGCGGCAGCGCAAGCACAUUUGCCGACAGGGAAUAAGGUGCCAGAGAGCUGCCAGCUUGCACCAGGCUGGCAGAGUCAAGAACAUCGGAGGUGGGAGAGGGCGCAUGUGACUGGCGCUACUAGGACCAGCACGCAGGCGUACCACCACAGCUCCUGGUCCACAACAAACACUAGAUCAGGAUUUUAAUCAGCAACAAAAUAAACGGGUCAGAAAAGGGACAAUGACACGUCAUUGGACACCCAUGCGCAAGACUUGGCAAAGGGGAUGUACUCAAAACUAAAGUUCCUCCAAGGCAAUUCGACUACCUCAGUUCGAUCAGCCUCCCAAUUUUUCAUACACCUCCGAGGUCGGAGAAUUCAAUCGGACGAAAUCAUGGUCUCCUUCGAUGUGACGUCGUUAUUCAUAUCCAUCCCACCAAACGUGGCCCGCGAAGUCUUGCGCAAAAGACUUGAAUAGGUGUACGAUGAGACUCAGAAUGCCCUCAAAGUUGAACACCUCGUGAGGCUGUUUGAAGUUUGCCAACAAACUUUUUUCACUUUUGCGGGAGAUACCUAUGAACAAAUCAAGGGAACCCCAAUGGGCUCACCGGUCUCCGAUUUGGUGGCAGAACUGGUCCUACAGGAGCUAGAAAAGAUUACCUUCAUUCAACAUGAACCGGUGUUUUGGCGCCGUUACGUUGACGACACGUUCGUCAUCGUAAAGAAGGGCAUGCUGCAACAUUUCCACAGUCUGCUCAGCGCAGUCUUCCCUGAUAUAAAAUUCACGAGGUAAGAAGAAUAAGAGCAGCAGUUGCCCUUCCUGGAUGUGCUAAUCAGACGAAACCUUGACGGUGAACUUGAAACGACGGUUUAUAGGAAGGCAACGAACACCACACAGCUUCACAGUCUCCACAGCAACCAUCCGGUGGCUCACAAACAAAGCUGUGUGAAGACGCUCUUCAAACGGAUCCAAACUCAUUGCAGCAAACCGGAGGACAGAGCACGUGAGGCCCGUUAUCUCAACGACCAGUUUGUGCAAAAUGGCUAUCCGAGGGCAUUCAUAAGUCGCUGUCUACGCGGUCGCCAUCCGAGAACUCGGACAUCAACGCCACCGACGAUAUGGCAUUCUCUGCCAUACAUCAAGGGUGUUUCAGAAGCGACCGAGCGCACUGCUGCGGAGUUGGGUGUUGGAAUCGCACACCGCCCCAAAGCCACCAUGCAUAACAGGGUCAUGAAAAUCAAAGACCGGUUAAACCUGAAGAGCAAUCUGGAGUGGUGUAUCGCAUCCCGUGUCAGAAUUGUCCUUGUAACUGCACAGGACAGACUGGACGCAUGCUCGGAUCGCGCAUACACGAACAUAAGCUGGCCGUGCGGCGAGGCGACGCAUUAUCACAAGUGGCCGCCCACACCUACGAAAUGGGUCACGAGUUUAACUUCGCGGCCACCAAAAUAGUCGCCCAUGCCGGAAACAAAACAGGUCGAGAAUUGAUGGAAGCCUGGGCCUCGGAUGAGAACUCUGUCAAUCGAUUUAUCGAUCUGGCGCCGGCGUACAGAGCCCUGUGUAGUCACCUCCAGUCGUGCGCCGUCGGUCGAUGAUUGGGCCUACAUGCCUCAUAACUGCCGCUUGUUCUGUUUCUGUCACUACCUCUGACGAUGGACUCUUGUACGAGUCUGAAAGCUCAGGAUAAUAAACGAAGUGUUCCGGUGCUCGAAUCUUCCUCUUCGCUUGUAUACCCAGCGGGGCGCAGGCGCAUUUAUCGGCAGAGGAUCAGGUGCCAGAGAACUGCCAACGCACACCAGACUGUUAGGCCCAUGGUUUGCUGAUCCUGGCAUGACAUACCUUUGCAAUCCUUAAGGUCCAGAAGGGCGACCCGCAGCCCUGCAUUUGCCUGGGCAAUCGUCCUUCAAGUUCUGGGUAAUCAAUCAGUCUUUGACUCAAGUCAUCGCGCCUGGUUCGUCUUGCUAUGAAACACACGGUGGAUAUCGUCGGGCACGACGGUCAAGCUAUCAGCACGCUUGUGAAUGCUACUUAUGAAGCUGUAUCAAACGCCCGUCAAGCCCUUGCUCACGCGUGCGGCACAAAUAUUCGAUUAGAUUCCGCGAGAGCCUUCCAACGUGAGAAGUGGCCAAUCAAAGUGCGACACACCACAAACCGGGAUAUGCCCACCGCGAAUGGCACACCACUAGCCAGAAGGUUUGAGAAGGGCCGGAACUCCAAUAAAUAGGUGAGAGUUGGUGAGGUAAGGGAUCCGCUGUUUUCCGCCGACCUACAAUAAAGUGUUUGUCUCCAGAACAGCCCUUCCUUAUCUUCCAUAGCAUCCGUCAGGAUAGAACCACGUGAUUGCAGUCGGAGCCUCAUCUUGAAUAUGACUAGGCAGUGGACCGUCCAGCCAUCGGCAUCCGGGAUCGUCUUGAUCACCAUCACUUCUAGGUGAUUGCGUCGCCGAACGAGAACAUAAUGCAGCAGGCGCCAGUGCAUUCAGGUGGCCUUCUUUCGCAUCGGCGGGCAGAAGAAGAUGUUAGUCAGCAGGAGGCAGUGUUUAGAGCAGAUUCGCAGGAGAAGGAUGCCAUUGACGCUGCAGCCGGCGGUUCCCUGAGGACGCAGCACUGCGGAUACGAACAUUGA